UUAAAAUUUGGAGUCGUUAAAACGGUGUGUGCUUGUUUAGGGCAGCGCAGACAAACAACAUCCCCUCCUGUAUAAAAUUACGAUAACUGCAGGUUUGUACUUUUUGCCCGCUGACGCAAAAAUAUGUGUACCUGUUGUCCUGACGCGCAGCGGACAAAACGUUUGUUGUACUGCUGAGUUAUUAUCAUUCGCAAAUCAGGCGCCGAGGUGUUGAGACACACAACCAACUUAUAAGAGAAAAUGGAGAGUGGAGAGAAGUUACAGCUCUUGGUGCUCUUGGCAUGCCUUCAGAUCCUCACAUGCUCCUGCUCCUCCAUCACUUUUCAGGAUAAUAUCAACAACUGGGAAAUUCUGAUCGGAGCUAAUGCAAAAGAAUUCCAGUACGACUUCUGCCACUUCGAUGCAUCACAAUACUCCGAGAGGUGCAAGAAUAAGCCAAGCUUAUUGGCUACUGACAUGACCGCAAAAUGCAAUUGCAGCGUGAAUUACAUUGCAAAAGCCGACUCGGCAUACUUCACCGUCAGCUGCAACAAUACAAAACUUGAUGCCAUGACGGUUGGCUGCCCACAAAAACUGACCAUCACUUACGAGCAGGGCGAUCCCUAAUCUGAUUGUUCAUACUUCUUUUAGAAAUAGAAACCAAAAGUGUCAUCGUGGCUGAACAGGGAGUAAUUUAAGAAGCACACAUGCAU